AUGUCAUUUUCAUCCUCAGCAUCGAACGAGAAUAGCGAUAGCCAUGACGAUGUGUGGCUUACUAACGAAUCGAGCAUGGCACGCAUUGAGAGAAGGUCGAGUCAGAAAAAUGUUGAUGAACACCAUAUUUUGAAACAUCAUGUGGAGAAGCAGUGUGCUGAAAUCGAUGAUAGAAAUCAACUGCAAUCCGGCAAAAUAGGUACUAUGACGGUUUUAAUGGAGAACCAAAAUCGUAAACAGAAAAGAAUCAUGUCAAAGCUUGACGCUACUACCAACACCGUAGAAGACGUAUCUGAUGAAUUAAAAAUCAUGAAGCAAUCUCUUGGCGAGCUUCGACGAGAAGUUGAAGAUUAUCAACGUAGAAUUGAAGACUAUCAACGUAGAAAUGAAGUUUUCCAAGGGCAAGUUUUGACGACACUGGAAAGUAUGAAACCAAAAGCUGAUUAA